UCCGUCCCGUCCGUCCGUUCGUUCGUUCGCCAUCCAGAAAGAAGAACGAAGAAAAAAGUAAGCGAGUGAGGAGAGCAAUCAAAAAACUGUGCUGAAAGUGAGAAAAAAAGGUGUCCGUUCGGAAUUGAAUUGUGCAAAUUUCCUGCUGAAACGAGUGUGUCCAUCGUCGCCAACACAGUGACCGCUUCCGGAAGGCUCUACACGAAUGAAGAAGCGUAAAGCACGCACGGCCGCCUAGUGAUCGUGAGACGACGAACAGUGACGACUAUUCCUGCCUGCCUUCAUCACAGUCUGUCUGCUGCAGCACCUUCUCCACCCGUCUGCUUAGUGGAUUAUGGCCUUAGCAGCCAGAAAGACACCAACGAAAAUUUAUGAUAUUCAGGCGCACAGCAACAAAGUAACAUGCUUGGACAUUGGCGAAACCGGGCGGGUCCUGGUUACCGGUGGACAGGAUCGAAAUGUCAACCUGUGGACGUUCGGCCACAGGGAGUGCUUUAUGUCCCUUACUGGCCAUAACGCUCCAAUCGAUUGUGUUAAGUUUGCCUGUUCGGAUGAUCAUGUUUACUCAGCGGACGAUACGGGGGUGGUAAAACGAUGGGAUCUGCACUCCGGUACGGAGUACACAACAUUCUACGGACACAUGAAAACAGUCCGGACGCUGGAUUUUCACCCGUACAGCGAGUAUGUGGUUUCCGGCAGUCACGAUACUUCGAUACGGCUAUGGGAUGUCCGACAGAGCGUGUGCAUUAAGCGCUAUCGGGGACACAUUUCCCAUGUAAACUCAGUCAAGUUCUCGCCGGAUGGGCUGUGGAUUGCUUCAGCUGGUACUGAAGGAAGCGUCAUAAUUUGGGACAUUCGAAUGAGUAAACAGUUUAUGGAGUUUUCCGAAGGAGAGUCGCCGGCGAUGUGUGUUCAAUAUCACCCGUCCGAUCUGCUGAUGGCUGCCGGACGAAACGACGGAAGCGUCGAUUUGUAUGACUUGGAAAAGAAACAGUUGAUUUCCCGGGCGGACAAAACACACUCGAAGGGACACACGGUGAAGUGUAUUGCAUUUGACGAAGGAGGCUCGUGCCUGUUCGUGGGUACGCCGGCUGGAAUUUCUGUGAUCGGAUGGGAACCGGACCAAGAGUAUGACCAUGUGGAUUCGACGUGGACGUUCCUAGGGGACAUGAUGACGGCUGGACAGAAGCUUAUUUGUGGAACGUACGAGACUAGGAAUGUUUCGAUACAUGUGUUGAAUCUGAGUCAGGUCAAGCCUUUCUACAAUCCACAGAACCAGCCAUUCAAUCACCAUCAAAGCUCACGGAAAAGCUUCAGUCGAGGAAGCGGGAAGGUGCGACUAUCGAUCGGAGAUCGAAGCUUUUCCGGAGAAGGCCACGAUGACAAUAAAAAUGGUGGUAUGUCACCUAAUCUUAGUAUCGAAAUGAUUGACGAGGAAGAACCCGCGCUAGCACAGGAGCCGCAGAAAGGAUUCGAUUUUAGUCAUCGAAACGGAAACGGAACGAACAAUUUUAACUCCUACUCUUCACCAAUCGCUUCCGUUGGACCGUCAUCAGUUUUGGUAACCCAGCCUUCUUCCAGUCCUCUCACAAACAGCAACUAUCUGGUCAAAGAAGAAAUGAAAAUGUUUAACAUGAGCACUUCUACCGGCUACUCGUGCGAUCUGGACUACUACCCUGUCAAAAACAAUCCUUCCGAUGCGGAAAAAGAAGACUUUCCCGUCAAAAGCGCUCAACCACCAGAUUAUGCCCCGAAGCUUACCAGCCUCAGUACAACCAGUUCCACCAGCACGACCUCUCUGAUAAAAUCGAGCCUUGUGAGACAAAAAACGGAACCAAGCAGUAGCACCACCACAACGCAGCAAAGACGUCCCUCGCAACCAAGCGUGGGGCUGGCAAGAAAUGUGACCACCAGCAACCUAACCAGACGAAUAUCGACCUCCAGAAGCACCCUCGAGUUGAACAAACUCGCCCAGGAAGAGCAUGUAAUCUACAAAAAGCCCAUCAGCCGAGGCAGUUCGCCGAUCCGCAACAACACCGCGCUGAGUAGUAAAAUCCGCAAGAGCGAAAGCUCCGCACAAAUAGGUAGCCACAAGAACGGCACCAAUCGGUACAGCAGUGCCUCAAACCACAAUGCCAACGUGAAGGUGGAGAUAGUUACGAAGCCCGUCCGGUCGAAAACCUCGCUAGACUUGCGCCAGCGCAACAAUAACUCCGAGAUGCACAGCACCAGCGCAACGAUGAGUCGGGCCGGAAUAAUCCAUCACAACACAUCCGCCGUCGGCGGUCACAGCUUAACCCACAUCGGCAUCUCCGAUAGUGGCGGUUUGGACCGGGACUCACUGAUGAUGCCGCCACCGCCACCCGCAUCGAUAAUCCCCGUUGCCACCCAUUCGCUUCCGCAGCACCAUUCGUACGCACCGAUUAUUCGAUUGUCGCACGAUGGUAUUGCGACUUUCACCGAUGGCCGCGGGAUGGGUUCGAACGAGGAGUACGAGAUUCAACUGUUGAUGAACGAACACGACAGCAUCUUCCAAGCUCUCUCCAACCGGACGGCACUGCUGUCCGCCAUACGGAAGUACACUCAGUCCGGCGAUGUCACAAUGGCCCUUCAGGUGGCUGUUAGGAUGAAUGAUCAGCAUCUGCUGGUUGAUUUGCUCGGAGCUAUUCUGGAGAAAUCCGCACAAUUUACGUUGGACAUGUGCGUUCUGCUGUUGCCGAAAAUCUAUGAGCUGCUGCAGAGUGAAUACAAGUUCCAUUGUACGCGGGCCUGCGAUACGCUGCGUGUGAUUCUGACGACAUUUCUGGACAUGAUUCGGGAAAACACGUACGGCGGUUGCACCCUGGGAGUGGACAUCAGCCGGGAGGAACGCUACCGGAAGUGUGCGGAGUGCAAGAAGUGGCUGAUCAGCAUACGGAGCCUGCCGGAGAACGCCAAGAUCGGUACCAACCUGCAGCAGCUGCAAAAUAUGAUAGUCGACUUGUGAGGUGAGCGAGCCAACGGCUUUAUUCUUUCUCUUUUUUUUCUCUAAUUUUAACCUAUCCUAGUAUGAUUGUUAGUUCGAUUGUGUUUCGCUCCGCGGAAAAGAGUUCAGAACUCAGAAGACAGAAGAGUACGGGGCACGAUUGAGUAGCAAAAUGCUCGUGACUAAAUAAAAUUUACCGCUAACGCCACUAAUUUAUUGAACAAAGCCGCAAAAACAUGAAAUUGUGUAACUGCAAAUUUUAAACUUUUUUUAUUUGUUUUUAUCUUAGAAGAGAAAAAACGUAAUUAUUUUAAUCUUAAACUAACGCAAGCAAAGGGGCGAAAAUACACAUUUACUUCGAUACAGAUUAUUAAUAAGACUGAGCAUUUUAAUUGAGUAUGCAAAACAAGGCGGAAAAAUAUCCUAACUGAGCAGUGGGAUUUUAUUUUCACUACACCUUAGGCACAUAGCUGAUGUUACAAUUAAAACAUGCGAAUUUUUACUCCUAACAAACCCAAUUCGGAAGAAAAGCUCAAUCCCAAAUAUUAACGUCAGAAUGGCACCGGAUACUAAGCAAACGAAAGACAGAAAAAAAUCAGGAAAAGGUGAUUUACUUAGUACUUUAAAACAAAAAAAGAAGGCGAUAAAACUAAAAAAAUGUGAUUAACGUUUGCUUACCCAUUGCUUUAGCAAUGCAGUAACUUUUUGUUGGGAUCAGUCCCAUUUUUUGAGUAUAUAAAAGUUAAACAAAAACAAAAAACCCACAAUUGUAAAUUAGUAAUCGAACCAUUUUUUUCUGUUUCUUCCAAACAUUGUACAUUUAAAAUUAGUGUUCGUUGUUAAAUCAUCAUCCGCAUCGUCAUCCUUCUCAUACUAACUAGACGCAAGCGUCAUUGAAAAGUAACUAUGAAAAAAAAAAAGUAUGAAUAGCACAGAUGAUCUUUGGCAGUAUAGCCGGUCCUCCUCCGUGUCCUGCCUGGCGAGGAGGACAUAAUUUCGAUCUUUUUGUCCAGUAUUAAAGUAACAGCAAUCAUCUUCAUUUAAAGCGGAAUGUGCAAUCAAUAGCUAGCUGUGUGGAAUUUAUUUGAUGAAUGUUCGUGAGAUACAUAUUUUGUCAGUAAGAAAAUGUGAUUUUAUUUUAUUUGAAAGUUUUUAUUUUUUAAUUUCAUUUUCAAGGAAAAUUGGUGAAAUUUAGUGUGACAGUCUUAAAAUAGACAAAAGCUAGAAACCAAUUUAAAUUGGUGAUACAGAAUGAGUUUUUAAGAAAAACGGGGAGGGGUAAAAUGUAGAUAGAAAGAGAUAUUUAAUGUUUGAUGACACAAAAAACAGUUUGCAAGAUAACGAUAGAGAGAAAGACACAAAGAAAAUGUUGAUGUCUCAGAACUGAUUCUUUUUUUUGUGAAGAAGUACAUCUUACUCUAGUAACGAAACACUUGCAUUUGAAAUGCAUAAAAACUGCAUAUCACUAGAGGAAUUCCAAACCAAAAUAUCUUGAUUAAUAGUUGAAAUAUUCGCCAAACAAGUGACAUAAUAAUAGGCAUACUUUUUGUGCACAGUAUUGAAGCUUGAUUAACAGUACUACUGUGCAUAGUGCAGCAAAAUCACAAAUUUAGUUCGUUGAUAAAUAUAAAUAUGCUUUAACAUAUUCUUAAUACAGCUCAAAUGUUUGGAAUCGCUUUACUAAAUAUUGCCGCACCCCCAAAAUUGUCACCAUCACCUGCAAUGGGCAAAUAGCUUCGUGUUUCCGAUGACCUAGAAAGCUGCGACCUUGAACAAACUUGUUCAGGAGGUCAAAAACUUCUGGAUGGUUGAUGAUUUAGUACGGAGCUUCACCGCUAAGUGACGCUAGAGUACAUGCAACUGCAUCGUAUUUUGACCUUAACCUCUUAGAAAGCUGCGACCUCCAAAAAAUUUAUUUAGAUAACCAAGGGUUUUUAGUUGCCCUUGUUUUGACUUUGACUUAUAUUUCUGUUUUUUAGCAAAUUACAAUCUUGAGCAAAAUUCUUUAAAAGAUCAAGGGCUUCUUUUUGAUGGACAGUUUAGUGUGGAGUGCUAUUAUUACGUGGCGCCCUUCCUCGUAUAUCGAUUUUACUUUAUCCCGCGAUUCUUAUUCCCUAGAAAGUUGAGGUCUUCGUCCAAUACUACCAGUGAUGGAGUCACUAAAUUAUUUAAAUUUAGUUCACUGAGAUUUGAGCUACAACCCUCAAAUAGGGUGUAAAAAUAAUUCAAUAGAAUGAUGUCAAUGGUAUCGGGAGCCCUGAGUUGAUUUCUAAGUAGUUAGAUUCUCUAGAUAAAAUUUGUUUGUAACAUUUAAAACUACACCGCACACGAGCAACACGUAUGGGUCUUUGGAAAUGAAACUGUUCUUAAACCAAAAGCUAUUGGCCUCUAUAAAAACUUUGCUCAAGACCGCAGUUUUUUAAGCUUAAUUUCCAAAAAAUUCCUAAGAAUCUCCUUAGAUUCCAGUACGACAUAUACACACAAUUGGAGGGAAUAAGUAUAGCGAAUAAAAUGAAAUUAAAAGUAGCUGCCAAUAUCUGCCUUUCCACAAGUUGUGUUCUCUUGAAAAUUGUGUCAUAAAAUUGCAAAAACAGACAUAACUCCUCCAAAUUAAGAGAUAGCGAUACACUUUCUUCUGAAAAAAUAUGACAAUUAAUCUUAUUUUGAAGUUUGUAGAACACUUUAAUGUUGGCAAAACUAGGAUAAGAGCGUUAUCACCCAAAAACAAAUUUUAAGUGGGUGCUUUACUUUUAUACCUUAUAACUUUGUCAGGUUAAAAAAUAGAAUUUUCCAAUCUUCUACAAAUUUGCUCGAAAUAGCUAGUUCUACAACGUGCCGGAAGAAAGUUACCAAGUUCAUCAAGAAAUAAAAAAACUAUUUUUUUUUAUUUUGGUGUACACCCCCCUUAAACAAAAAAAUUUAUCACCCAAAUGAAGUACUCAUAAAACUGAGAAACUUUCUAGAAGACAUCGAAACGCUCAAACCAUGCGUUUCGUCACACACACCAAUGUCCUACUAUUUUUGGUUUUGUCCCACUGUGUAGCGUUGAAAAGCGAGCGUGAAGCAAAACCUUUCUCCUCCUUUCUGCUUGAGAACGAGACAUAUUCUACGCUUCUCAAGUCUUUUUCGCACACGCUUUCGAGAAACUCUUCAUUCUUCAUACACUCGUCGGAGUAGAAGCUAACGUGCACCGGAACGCAAAAACUCUUUUGUCUUGUUACUCGACGACUAUAAUAGAGUACGCGAGUUCUUGCUUGCGGGUUGAAGUACGCGACUUAAAUUGCUCAAUUAGGAGGAGUGAUUGGAAAAAUGUGUUCUAAAACAAAAAUGCUUUUUUUCAUUUCCCCGGUUUUGCUUGGUACAUCAGCAGCCGAGAAUGUGCCUACAAUAGUCUAAUGUAAAACCAGCCGAAGGAAACCGCUUCAGGAGUAGUGCGAUACCCUACUCGAAAUAUUUUUUCAUCCCUCCGCAACCAUCGCAAUGCAUCUGGAAACAAUUCUAGAUAAACAUUUCAAAAGGUCCUAUCUGCUUUCAUCAUUUUUCGGGAGCGUCCUUUAUUUUGGUAAUGGUUCAGCUUCAGUAACUCUCCGAAGCGUGGUUUUCGUUCAGAACGUUAGAGGGAUCCCUCCGCUAUCAACUGGUGCAAAUAACGUGUAAUAAAAGGUGUUUAAUAAGUUGUGGUGAUCGAAUGAAAGUGAUCGAUAAAAAAAUCGAUCAAAGCAGAUAAGACCUUUUGAAAUGAUUCUCUAAAAUUGUCUUCGGCUGGUCGUGCUCGCGACUAGGGGUGUGUAGACAUCAGUGUGUGAUUUCGGGAGCGAAUGCGAGUUUGCGUUCAUCCGAAAAAAAUCGUGUGAAUCAAAACUUAUUGCCGAGCAAAAAAAAAAAAAUGCGAUAAAGAAUGAGAAAUAGCUAGAGUGAUAAUUACCCCAGUGUGUGAUAUCGAGAGCAAGGAAACCUCACUUGAGGUGUUGCAUGCUGUUUAUGAGCGAGAUUAACAACACUGCUUUCCAUCAGUUAUCUUCCACUCGACAAAUCUACAAUCUCAAAGUUGAAAAUCACACUCUACUACAGAGCCGACGUCACACUGUUUUCCCGAGUGGGUAGUAAGAAACAGGGAAGGUUCAUGGGUGCCUUCUGGCAGUUAACUGGAACAAUCGACAUGGCGGGCGAAAACAUGCGUUUAGGCAUAUUUUUGUGUUCUCUCUUCGUCCGAUUUAUCAAUUUUUCCUCAGUUUAGCGACAAAACUGUUGGAGUAGAUCCUACGCUUCAGUUUUGCCCAAAAACUCUUGAUGGGGCGCAGCUAGGAGACACUCCAUCGCCUUCAACAAAUGCUCCGAGUAGUGGGCCGACGACAGAUCUAGCCAAUACACCGCGUUUCCGCCCUUUUGGCAUUUCUUGAUGAACGACGCAACUUCCGACAGGCACUUCUUACUAUAAAUUUCCCCGUUUACGGCCAGUCCGGAGCGAAAGAAGAGCCGCUUUGACUUUGAAAUCCAGUAAAAUACAAAGUGCCCCGCCAGUCGUUGCCAUCCAUGUUCGCCAGCUAAUUUUCACAGUUUGAUCGGUCUUCAGCAUCUUUUGGAGCUUCUCAUCGCUCACGGUCGUCGGGCUUUCUAUCGAUGCUUGAUUGUUGUCCAAUGGUGCCAAGAUAUUGUAGAUGCCGAAACGGGCGUAUCCCCGACGUCCCCGAUAUCCGUUUUUGACGUCGCGGGGUACCGUUCUUUGAACGCGCACACUUUUGAAUGAAAUAGUUUCACUGUUUUCGCUAUCACGGAUAGAGUUUGAGUCAAUUUUUUUUCUACUGACUCAUGGGUUAUUAUGAUUGGGUUGUUUUGUUAGUGCGUGUAAUGGUAAACCCAUGCAAAGUCGGCAUUUUUUUGCAUUUGUUAAUGCAAACGUUAAGGCUCAAGAGAUUUGUCAACAAGUCUCCAUCCAAACUUAAUCGGACUUCUGGGAAGACUCCACUUACAGUUCCAUUCAAAACCAUCAAAAAAUUACAUUCUAUUUCGUUUUGUCCUAUAAUUCCGUGUGGGUAAGUACCCACAGGGUGUUUUCCGAGUGGGUACUACUACCUAUACUACCCACAUCAACCGCCGGCCCUGCUCUACUACGCAAAAUUUGAUCAAACCCAAAGCAUUGUACAGAAUAAGGAUGGUUCAGCAGGGCAAUGAAUAAUUGUUUGUUAGUAAAAAUUAUAAAAAAAAAACAUUCUUCCCGUGUGUCCCGUUUCCCCUUUGAGGAAAUCUGCUCAGCCUAUCAAUAAUGCGACGUAUCUCAGAUACAACCCUAUACUUUUUCGAUUUUGUUAUUUUUUGUGAUUUUAUUCCUCUGAAGUAAUAUUUCAAAACGGCCUAUUCACAACUCAGUAAUUGCAUGUUUUUCGGAGGACAGAAAAAUUUAAUCAACCGUAGACCUACGUUAAAGAAAAUCACCCACCCUAACCGAAAAGUCCCAAAAUCAAAUAUAACUACUGCCAAAGCAAAAGCAAAGCAAAGCCUUGAUACUACAUUCCGAUUCGGAACUCGACCUUCUGUUUACUAUACACAGACUUCGCAGUCAACUGUUUGCGGGGUUGCCGCUACGAUGCUACUGACACUAACAGUCUCUCCCGAGCCGGGACUCGAACCCGCGACGAUUGGCUUGUUAGUCCAGCAUAGUUCCUCAAGACCAGCUGGAAGGUUCAUCACUACUGCCUUCUAGCAGAAAACAUCCGCAGGUUUUUGCUUUAAUGUUCGAGCAACAAAGUAAUGAAAUUUCAGCCAAAUUUUAUAAUCGGUUCAACGUAGGUCUACGGUUAAAAAAUAAAGUGUUUGCUCAUUCGUUUCGUUUUCCAGUUUUUAUGAGUCAAAUAAAAGUUUUUUAUGUUUUGUUGGAAAGAGAAUCUCUAAAGUUUGAAAAAAAACUUUUUCGAAAAAUCUUCAAAUUCGUCCCCUUCUUAUACAGAACGAUGCCAAAUAAUGAUGUACCGUAUGCCGGGGUAAGAUUAGGCUAGUGGGGGUGAGAUUGUGCCAUAAAACCGCAUUGUUUGUCAGCCAUCUCAUACUUAACAAAGAAAGACUAGUCUUCGGACCCGGAAGAGAUAGCUGACAAGCCACGGGUUGGAUGGCACAAUCUCACCCUGGCUGACGGUAUUAUUACAUAUUUCCAAUUGACUUCUAUAGUUUUUUCUUCCAACAUUCUCCAUUAUUUUAUUAGAUUGGCAUGAAGAUACUACGAAUUUGAAAUGUUGAUUUUUCCAAUACUUUUCAAUGUUUUAAUUCAAUUAUAUGCAACUGUUUUUUUUUCAACUAAAGGUUAGUCACUUUUUGAAUUAUAUCGUUUGUUAAAGUUACUAGCGAAAACAUAUGAAAAAAAAAUGAAAUGAAAAAUUUCCUUCGAAGAAAUUUAGAGAGGAAGUGAGCGCGGAAGAGAAAGUACAAAUGAAAUGUAGGGAGUGAGAGAGAGAGGUAGGAUGUGCCUUUUUUUUCCUUGAAAAGACUUGGACUGAACCACCAAAUUGUGGUUUCUAUUAGAAAUUGAAGAAUAAGCAAAAGAGAGCGAGGUUUAAUUAUUUAAGGGUAUAACGUAAACUAGAGAUAUUACCACAAUAUAUCUAACUAAUGGUUGCAGUGGUCAUAGGCUCCUACAGAAAAAAAAAAACUAGAGAUAUAGGAGCGGGGGAGAAUGAGAAAAGAGAGAGAAAACAAAUGGCAGCGGCGGAGAGUGGAUGAAGCCGAACUACAAUAUAACUGCAGAGAGAAAAGCUAGAGAGAGCAAUAGAUGUUUUAAAAAUAGUUUCGAAGGGGAUUUGGAGAAAAAGUCAAAGUUAGAGAGUAAGAGAUAAAAAAGUGAAGGUUAGAUUUUUUUACAAAAAAGUACACAAAGCUUGCUACAAACAAAAUUAUAACGAGAGAGUUUUCUAGAAUGAAACGUCGAUGAGAUAUAGAAGAGCGAGGGAACAAUAACUCGUCCCGGACUGCUCUUUGUAGCUUGAAAGCGGACAUCUUACAUUAUUUGACAGCGUUUUUUUUGUUGUUGUUUUUUUUUUCAAACUACACCCUGUUUUCGGGUGUAGUCCGGGACAGAAAAAAUUUAGUUUUGAGUGCAAAAAAACUGCUACAGAGUGGAAGUGUAGUCCUGGUGUAGCUACACCGCAAAAAUGAAUUCAACGUCAGAGUAAAAUUUUGAAUAGGGAGACUAGAGUAAUUUUAUGCUGAAAAGGGAGAGAAAGGUUAGCGGUGAGUAUGUAUAAACGAAGUAAAAAGAAUAUUUUUAUGCAAAAAAAAAAAAAAGAUUUUCGAGUAAAAAAAAGGAGGAAAAGUGUGUUAAUAGCUUAAGUAGAAAAAAAAACAGAUUUAAAGUAUCAGAAGAAAUUUGGAAAAAAAGAACAAAAAAGGAAGAGAGAGAUAGUUUGGAGAUGCAGAAAGAUAGAGAGUUUGUGUUAGAUUUUGUUUUAUUUAUUUAUUUUGUUUUUGAAACUCGGUUCAGAUAUUAAUAUUGAAAAACUCGAAUCAAAUGGUUUAACGAAAGCAAUCGCGAGAUAUACUCAUAUUAAAGAAUAGCGAGAGAUAAAGAGAGAGAAAGUGGGCCUUGAAGAACACCUUCACCGUCACCGCCCUUCCGGCGAAGCAUCCUUUCGAAGCCGGAACAAAAGCGUUCUAUCAAUCAAUUGUUCGCAGUUCGUUGACCUCCUGUUCUUUUGCAUCGAAAAAACUUUAAAUCCCUAAGAAAUCUUCGAUUGAAUGACAUUGAGAUAGAUUCGUUGGAGCGCGUAUUUAGGGUACAAAUUGAGUUGAGUGCCUGUUUUUUGAUAGUUUAUACGCUAUGCAUAUUUAUUUGCAGUUUUAAAAUAUUUAAUUAUUUCAAACUUUUUGAACGAUCGUGCUUUGGGUAAAAGAUUUAAAAAAUUGGAAUAUUUUUUUUAUAUUUCACAGCUUUUUAACCCUCUAGUGCCCAAAUUAAUUUUUAGACGGACUUCGAAAAGAUCACUGUGAUGCUAUAUAAACACUUUUUAAGUUCUUAUUGAAGCUUUUUAGAGGUUCAACUGAAGACCGUCUGAAGGCGGCACUGGGCACUAGAGGGUUAAGCCAAUUUAAAUUUUUUUUCUAGUCUCUAAUCCCGGUUUCUGAAUUACUCAUAUCGGGUGGUUUCGAAAUACCGUGUGAAGUUGAUUCGCGGCCUCUGGGCAUUAUCCUGGUUCCAGUAACACCUAUUUACAUGGUGUCUGGCUGUUUUCCAAAAACUGGAAGUCGCCACUUUAGCUUUAAAAAAGGCAACUGAAAUUGAUUCCUGGAUUUUGAGCGGAAAUACCACUUUUUUUUUUUUUUUGAAAAAUGUUUGGAACUGCUCGCAAUAACCCGGAAAAAUCUGCUUGAAGUCUGAAGAAAAUCUAUCCGUUCUCCCAAAAAAAUUCGCUCGCGCAAGCAAACGUUGAGAAGGUUAGCGCAAUUAUAAAAACACCAUCCCGGUUUCGAUAACACUGGUCACCACAGGUGUUGUAAAGCUCAAAUUGGAAAAAAUGAAAGAUUUAUACUUUUCAACCAUUCCUGUGAAUUUUGAUGCCCCUAGCUGUUAACAUUUUUUCAGAGACUUGAAUAAGUUUUCUCGUAAACAUAACGUUGAAGCGACAACCCAGCGAGCAAUUACCAUGCAACGCUUUGACAUACGAUUACGCAUUUCUUCACUGGUUACAGGCACCAAAUUGCACAGGAAUGGCUAAAAAACUAUAAUCUUUUUUUAUACUGAGCUGGGACAGCAUUUUUGCCCUUUCAUCGACCAGUGUAAUACUCAUAAUGAAUGGAAUUUGCCCAUAGUAGGCUGUUAACCAGGUAUCGGAGCCGCUAUCUUGGAUUUGAAAAGGGUAUCUGCCGCUGAUCCUAAACUUUUGGGUAUUAUCUCGUUCACAGGAAUACUCACAUUGGAUGGUAUUCAACAUGUGAGAUUUGACCUUGUUGGUGAAUUGAAAAUUUAGUAAUCAGUUAGCUACCGUAUGAGACUUUUCAUUAAUAAAUUAUUUUUUCUCACGAGUUACUUUUGGAAAAGGCAUAUUUUGUUCUGAAAACUUUCAAGGUGAAUCUGUGUCUGCCAGAAACCGCGUUACUAUUUCCGAGUCUUUUGUCUCUGAAAAUUAGAGAAAGUUCUAGGGAUAGAGAAACAUUUUGUAUCAAAAAAAACCCUUUUUCUCUAAUGGUUUAGUUAUUUCGCAGUUAACUAAAUCAGAAAAAAAGAAUUUAAGAAAUUUAAUAAAAUGUUCAGAUUGACUCUCUUCAAUAUAAAACUUGAAUGAAGAUAUAUAGACAGAAGGAGAGAGAUUUUCAGGGGCAGGAAAAGGAUAAAGCUGGAAAAGAAUAAGACCACUGAGGAGGAAUAGAGAAAAUCAGAUGAGAGAAUGCAAGAGAGAGAAUUUUCUAAUGCAAAAGAUGGGCUAAGUUAGGGAAGAACCCAACUCCUAAGAAAGAAAUUUUAAAAAGAGAGGUUUGGAGACAUUUUACGGGGAAAAAGUCGUUGAGAGAUAAAGAGAAGAGAGAGAUUAGACACAAAAAGAGAAGGGAGAUGCGAGAGAAACUAGAGUGAGUUAAAGAAGAUAGGUGUUUUGAAUUCAGAAAGGUUUUGCUAAGAAGAAGAGAUAAUUUUUUGAAAGAGUGAGAAGUUUUGAAGAAAUAGAGAGAGAAGUAAGGAGAAAUCAGCUAGAGAGAGAUUUUGGAGAGAGAGAGAUUUUAGAGAGAGAGAGAGAGAAAGAUUUUAGAGAGAGAGAGAGAGAGAAAGAUUUUAGAGAGAGAGAGAGAGAGAGAGAGAGAGAGAGAGAGAGAAAGAUUUUAGAGAGAUAGAGAUUUUAAAGACAGAGAAAGAGAGAGAGAGGAGAAAAGAAAAUGAUUUCGUGUGUAAGACAGAUAGUUUUUUUUAGAGAAGGCAAAUCGAAGGCAAAAAUUAAUUAGAGAAGAAUAUUUUGGCAAGCAAUAUAUUUCGGAAACAUGUAUAGACAUUUAAAAGAUCCCUAUUUGGUAUAAUUCUACUUAACAUUGCUCUUUGAAAACUAUCAUUUUUAUAAUGAAAUUAUUGGUAUGUAUUUUGUUUCUUCAAGUUUUUUUAUUGAAGAUUACAUUUUCUUGCUAACAUUUAGUUUGUUUCUACCGAACUCUACUUGCGAACUUUCGUUAAAAACUCAAUAAUGUUUAUUUCAAAGCACAUCAACACCUUCAAUAUUAGCUAGCUAUUGAUUGUGUCCCCUCUGUUCAAAUUCACUAACCAAUGUCAAUAACAAGCCCCCAAAGCAAACAUGAAUCGUACAAAACUAAUAAGUUAAAUAAUCCCGAAGCAGUAUACAGUGUUGAAGUAAAUUUCACACUUAAAAAACCGACAAAUGCAAAUCAAUUUUUUUUAGAUUGAAAAACCAUUUUAACACACUGCGUAACAUUUUAGUUGGAGGCAGCAAUGUUUUUCGUUGAUACAACAAAGUUUGUUAACGGUAGCAUGCCUUUAGUCCAUUCCGCCAUCCGCCUGAAACAGCAGCAAGAAAGAUCACAUGACAGUAUACUAACUAAACCAUGUAAAAAGUAGGUAAUAAAAGAAUCAUCACAUGACUAACUUUUUUUAGAGCGAGAAAUUCAACUACAAUAAAAAGAAAAAUAAUGUGACAAUAUUGGCUGAAACUAAUUGGCAAACAAACACUGUAAAUAAUUGCAUUAAACCUCACCUACUAACAAGCAAAUUCAUCAAUCUUACACUACGGCGCAAGCGAAGCAAGAAGUGAUCUUUACUCCAAAACAAAACUAAAACUAAUAAAAUAUAAUUAUUAAAUGCGACAUAACACAUAAACGAAUAAAAGUGCCUUCAAACUAAUGUUUCUCCAUUAUUGGUGAGAAAAGCAGAAAAUAAAACCACACAUACACACACACACACCGCAACAGAUUAGUAG